GGGCGGCACGGACACGCGAACGGGGCUGGGCGAGUGGGUACCGGGGGGCACCGGCGGUGCCGGGUGGGCCGUGUGCGGGCAGCCCGAAGUCACGGGAUGAGGAACCCGCCGGUGAUGCUGCUCCUGCUGCUGCUGCUGGGGCCAGCGGCCUGGGCCGCCCCCAGGGCGGGCACCAACAGGCCUGAGCCCCCCGUGGCCACAAUCGUGGAUCCCUAUCCCGACCCGCUGAGCCCGGAGCCGCCUGCGCUGCUGCUGCUGUGGAGCGCCGUGCGGAGCCUGGGGCCCCCGGAGCAGGACGUGCAGGCCAUGACACGGGAGCAGGCCCUGCUCUACCUCUUUGUGCUCCAUGACCACGACCAGAGCAGGCACCUGGAUGGGCUGGAGCUGCUGCAGUUACUUGGCACGGUGCUGGCACAGGCUGGGAGGCAGCCAGACCCUGACAUGGUGGCUGCACUGGUGGACCAAGCCCUGGCAAGGCAGGACCUAAAUGGGGAUGGGCUGCUGAACCCCUCUGAGCUGCUGGACCCCCCUGAGGUGCUCUUGCCUGGUCAGGACAAGGGUCCCCCAGGACAGCCCCCACUAGGGCAGCAGGAAGGGCUUGGGGCUGUGCCUGCAGGGGACAGGGAGAUGCCAAGGCAGGACCUGGGGUUGAAAAACCCAGGGCAGGAAACCACUGAGGCUGGGGAGCCCCAGACUGGAGCCCCUGAGGCUGGAGACCCCCAGGAUAGAGCCCCUGAGGCUAGAGACCCCCAGGAUGGAGUCCCUGCGGCUGGAGACCCCCAGGAUGGAGUCCCUGCGGCUGGAGACCCCCAGACUGGAGCCCCUGCGGCUGGAGACCCCCAGACUGGAGCCCCUGAGGCUGGGGAGCCCCAGACUGGAGCCCCUGCGGCUGGAGACCCCCAGACUGGAGCCCCUGAGGCUGGGGAGCCCCAGACUGGAGCCCCUGCGGCUGGAGACCCCCAGGAUGGAGUCCCUGUGGCUGGAGACCCCCAGACUGGAGCCCCUGAGGAUGGAGCCUGGAGCAUGGAAUCCCUCGAGGUGGAAUCUCCCAAUGCUGAGGCCUUGGAGGCAGAAGUUGUCCCUGGGGCUGAAGUCCCCAGUACUGAUGCCACAGAGGAAGAGGAAGCCCCUGAGGCUGAAGCCCCUGAGGAGCAGGCAGCCCCAGCCUGGAGGGACCAUGGGGAGGGGUAGGCAGGGGGGCCCUGUGGGAUGCAGUGCCCUGGCUGCUCCCUGCCCUGCUCAGGGCACAGAGGGGCAGGGCGAUGGCCCCUGGCCAGGCUGCUGGGCCAAGGAGGGCUGGGGUCGUGUGGUCUCCUCUCUAGUGCAUUGGAUGGAGAAAUAGAAGCACUGCUGUGA